CACGCAUCUGCCAAGGCCAGUAAAGCUACUCAGUGCUGAGGAGUCGUCGCGAGCCGCGGUCUCCAACUACUGAGAGACACUGCGUUGCAGCCAUCACCACGCGUCUGGACGUCCCCAAUCUAUACCCAGUCAUUGCAUAUCACGACCGAACCGAACGACACAACCGAGUCCUCCCGCGUGCCCAUCAUGGAUGCUCUCGUCCUCCAGCCCUUGAACUCCAUCGAGACACACUUCAACGCCCUCAUCACGUCCUUCACCCAGACCAACACCUUCGCCAAUGCCCCGCAACUCGCCAAAGACCUCAUCGCGGAUGACGACGAACUUGCCUCAGCCCUUUCGUUGCUGCAACGCCAUCAGCAGAACUACGCCCGCAUACUGAACCUCCGUGCCGAGGUCGCGACAUUACAAGAGCAAUUGAAGGACACGAUUCGGAAAUGCGUUUCGUUCAGACAAGACAUCGGCCACAUCAACCCGUCGAUUCUCGAUUCCGAUGUGGACCAAGAGGGAGAAGAUGCCGAGUCACAAGUUGCCAGAGUCGACUAUCACACCCUCCUCACCUUUGCGGCGCGGAUAGGCAAACACAACACCAUGGCGGCGAAGGAGGCAGAAGCUGAAUCUCUGCGGAGGAAGAUCGCCGCGAAGAGUAAGGAGCAAACAUCACCACCGGCAGGAUUAAAUGGCAUCGAACCCUCGGGUACGGGAGAAACCGUAGCCGAUGGGGCAGAGGAGGCCCGAGAUCAAACCCAUACCGCCGAGACCACGGCCGAACUGAUGCGCAUCGACAACACAAUUACCCUGCAGCGCGCACAGAUGGGCAUGUCCUUCCCUGAUGCCGGUAUCUUGCGCGUCGGCGCGCUGGGGCAGCUUCAGCUAUUCUUGGAGCGGCAGCGGCACCAGUCCGGGGGCGAUGCGGGUGUAGGAGAAGACGAGACCAAGGCCGUGCAGGGGGCUGUGGAGAGAGAGGUGGAGAGGCUGGUCCGGGAGACGGAGGACAUUGCGGAGGAUACAGGCACGGACGUAGAAAUGGCAGAAGACACCACUGCUGGCGGUGGCUGGGCAAGUCCAGAGCUGAAGAGAGUCUCGACCUUCGAGGGAGAGAACAGUCAAGAUGCCACCGCGAGUGCCGGCCAGCCUUCGACAAGUCAAGCACAAGCCGCGAAGCCUCCGAAGCCGCCGCAGCCGAAGAGGAAACUCGACUUGGAUUUCCCCGAUAGCGACGAGGACGAGGAUUAACGUCUUGAUGGAUGUGGUUGUGAAUGCUGUCUCCAAAAGCCCUUGGUUUGGCUUCGACACCGAACUGAAGAUUCCGUUGGUUGCGCUGAAUGGAGAAGGGAAAACUGCAAUCCAACCAAUCUACUGAAUCGAGCCGUUGGGGCUUUUCAAGACCAUGUCUUCCCUUCCUUUCCCUCGCAGUCUCCCUCCCUCCCUCGCUCAUAUUUCUACACGCCCCGUUCUCUACCUAUGUACACACAUCGCCGUACCUCAGCCACGAGAUCCCCGUUCCUGUGUUGCCAUACCUGAAGAAAAUCCAGGGCAGAAAACAUAGGAGCUUGAGCGCAGGGAGUCGGAGGAAAAUGAGCAAGGAGGCUAGAAAAGCACACCUCGCGACCUCAACUCUGCCAAUGCUCUCUCUCAAGACAAACUCAUCAAUCGUUCUGUCGGUCUGUCUACUGUAAAGUGCAUGCCAAACGACAGACUUGGCCAUAUGAGGUACAGUCUUAUCAUUGUGG